ACAUGACAUACUUGCCUGGGUUAAAACGUUUAAGUACUUAUUUGCCAGAAGUGUAAUUUUUAGUAUGUGUAACUUAACUAAAAUACAAUACAAAAUAAAUAAUGUCCCAUAUUUAUGACUACUUAUUUCUUUUCAAACAAAAACCGGAAGCGUUUAAUAACUUUACGAAAGGCGUGAUGCUUUUAUAGCGGGAAAUAACAGAAACGCCAGAAAUAGGGCUUAAUCAGAUGUGAGCUCAUAAUUUCCGUUCUUCAAAGUAAAUGACGCUAAGUUGUAAAGAGGAACUUCUGUUUGAGCUGAACUAGAUUCAUCCGCCCGGCAGACCAUAGAAACGGAUGUUACUACAGACGCCUUUUGUUUUCAUGGCAACACUGAUAGUUGUUGUGGCGCCGAGCUGGAACUUAUGCUAUGCCUUAGCUAGUUAGCUUAGCUGACCUAAAUGUUUAAUGCAAACAAUUUUUAGACAUAUUUAGCAACUUCAUUUCAGAGUAGCUGUUGUUGUUGUCUAUUGUUGUGUAGACAGUUCCGGUCAUCUUUGCCUAUGACAGGAACAUAAAAAAAACAAAAACAAUAUUCGCUGUGCAAGCUAACCGUAGAAAAUACUUGCCUCUUCAUUCAUUAAUGUUUGGGUUGAUAUGCAAAUGAGGAUUUGCUUCACAGGAUGCCACAUGUUUCAGUGCCCCGUUAUUCAGCAUCUGCUUCCUAACCAUGCAGGAAGCUGUGGACCUGGAGGCCCAGCUGGCUUGUAAAGAAAGAGAAUGGAAAGAACUUCAAACUUUGCGGAUUCGACAACUGGAGACCGCUCUAAAUGAAGCCACAUCAGAGCUGUCCACCCAGAGAGAGCGUUUCCUCCGCUUGCGGGAUGACUUCAAGUAUAAUCUACGUGUGUUGGAGGAGAGGGACAGAGAGCUGGAGCGCUAUGAUGCCUUGGCAGUCCGCGCUCAGACGGAAGAGAGUGCCAGGCGGGAAGAGGUUAGCGAGCUGAGGAUUGAGAUAGCGAAACUCCAGGAUGCCCUGGAGGAGCAGCGGAAGGCGACGGAGGAUGUAGAAGUGCAAUAUCAGAAGAGGGGAGUCGAGCAUAGAGUCAAAUUGGAAAAAGUCCAGAGCAUGAUGGAAAGUGAGAUUCAAAAACUCAGGGGGGAGAACGAAACAUUAAGACGGGAUCUCCAGCGAAAAAUUAGAGAAUCUGAUGGUGAACUGGCACUGCAGAAACAGGAAAUGGUGGCAGAUUUUGAUAGUGAGAUGAGGAAGCGGGAGCAUGAAUUCCAUCUGAAGCUGGAUGAAAUGAACAGUGUGGUUCUCUCCCAUGAGCUCAAAGAAAAGCUAUUGAGCAAAGAGCUGGAGGUCCACGCCAAAGCUCACAGUCAGGCCACCGAGGCCCUGCAGGCCUCUGAAGAACUUUACCAGCAGGCUCAAAAAGAGAUCCAACGCAGAGACUGGGACCUAAAGAACACCACUGCAAUGAAAGACUCCAGGAUAAAAGAGCUUGAAGUCAAACUAAAACAAAUGGAGAAAAUUUGUAAAAAAGAGCAAGAAGCCUACAACAGGAAACACGCAGAGCUGGAACGAAGAUCUCGAGAGAAAGAGGAUGCAUUGGGUCUCAUGAGAGAGGCUCAUGCCCGAGAGCACCAAGAGGAGAGGGGGAAAACUUCAGAAUUGCAGGCCCAACUGGACAGGAUGAUCCUGGAGCAGGAGAGGAGAGAAAAAGGCCAUAUGGAUGACCUCCAACACAGAGACCAGCAGAUACAAGAGCUCAGAGUGCAGCUGGAAACAACUCGAUCUGGCUGGGAUACUUACAUCACGCAGGUCUCCAAAGAAAAUGUUGCCAAGGAUACAGAGCUGCUUUCUGCAGGGGAGAGAGAAGCCAAAGUGAGAGCAGAGCUGGAAAGGUGUAAAGAGGAUAUAGAAAGGUAUAAGCAGCAGGUGUCUAGUGGUCUACAGAGGGAGCAGGCAUUGGAGCAGAAGAGAGUUCAGCUGGAGUUGGACUGGGAGCGACGUUGUGAGGAAGUGCGUUCUGAGCACUACUUGAGGAGUGAGGAGCUAAUCCAAAGCCUCACACAGGCCAGAGACCAGAUAACUGCUGAGCUGAAAGAGAAGGAACGAGAGUUGCAGGAGACGGUUACACUGCUGAAAAGUGUCACCAUAGAGCGAGAUCAGGCUUUACAUGGGACCAAACCAGCACUAACAGGAAAUCAGGCAUCUGCAGUAGACAGCAGCAGUUUCCCUUCAGAAGAGAUCAGGAGACUCCAGCAACAGAACAGCACUCUUAGAGCAGUGGUGACUGAAAUGAGGAAAGAGAUGGAGAACCUGAGCCAGCAUAUGCCUAUAGCUCAGAAUCCGACCACAAAUCCAGAGCUCAGCACUGCAGGGGCUACAGACUACAGUCAAGCUCUGGAGAAAGAGAUCCAGGAGCUGAAGGCCAAAUGUCGUGAUCUAGAGGAGCGGUUAGAGGAAUCUUCCAAGACACUCAAUACUACCAGCAUUCCUGCCCUUGCUUUCCCUGUUUCUCCUGAUAAUGCUUAUCUUCAAAACCACAUUAGAUCACUUAAUGAGACCAUAGGUGGGCUGCGAGUGGAGAAAGUAGCCAGUGCUGCUGCUCUGAAGAAACAGGAAGUGAGGCUGGCACAUUUGGAGUCUGCUGUGGAACAGCUUACCCAGCAGUGUCAUUCAAAACACAUGGAGAAUGAGAGCUUACGUCUGGAGCUGGCCAAUCACAAGAGGGCAGCAGAAGCUGAAGAAGCAAGGCUCAAGCAAAGAGUGGCAGCUACUGAGCUGGAGUUAAAUGAAGUGAGACGGGAGGCAGAAGAGUAUCAGAAAGGCAGUUUGAUCCACAACCUAGAGACUGUUGCACUUGGCAACCAGGUGUCAGCACUCAAGGUUGACCUUGCAAGCAGGAGAGAGCCCAUAGUCCUUAAUCAGAGUGAGAUGGUAAAGCAGCUUCAGGAGGAGAACUUAUCCCUGAGACAGCAGCUGCUGCUACUGCAGAGUUCAGCCAGAGGGGGCGCCGUGGGUGAUGUUGCUACUCUUCAGUCAAAGCUCAAACAGGCUGCACGCUUGAUCUCCAGCCUCAGUCAAGACAAACGGCAACUCAUUGAAAUGGGCAACAGGCUCCGUGCGCAGCUGAUAGAAGCAGGACUGGAGGUUCCACGGCACUCAAAGGUCAUUCUCAAACCAAGUGAUCCGGAGCACGGUCUGAUGGAAAAAGACGCUUCUCAAUCCGAACAUGGGCUGCAGGCAAAGAGCCGCUUAUCUACACUGGAACAGCUACAGUACCAGUUGACCACUCAGGAGCUACAAUAUGCACAAAGAGAUCAAUAUAAGAAAAUGCCAAUUAUAGUCCGUCCUCAAUUCUCUGAGAGUGAGAGAUCAGAAAAACGCAAAACCGCCAACCCAUGGGGGCCUGCAAUCAGAGUCCAGUCUGUGGGCAGUAAGGAAAACACUCCUCCGCAAAACCAAUCUGAAGCUCCGGUACAGCUGCCUGGGUCAUCCCACUUUUUGUUGUCAUCCAUGGGCACUGAUGAUUCCCUACAGGAUGUGUGGAAGAUGUUGGAUCGAGGUUUGAGUUCCUCUGCAUUUUCUACAAGUGACAGUGAGGACAAAGGUAGAGCAGCUACAGCAAACAGAGGACACCCAAAUAUUAUUCAUCCUCCUGCUCCACCGGUCAGUGUGGAGGGAACGAAAGCAUCACUCCAGGAAAAGAAGAAACAAAGUCAUACGACAUUUGCUAAAAAGACACGUCCUACUGGAAAUAAUAGCAAGAUUCGGAAUUACAACAUCAAAGACUAAAAAGGCAUUAUUUUGGGCCACUCCGGUCUUAAGUGCCACAUUUUUAUUUGUUCACUUUGCAUCAUGCAAGAUUUUUUAAUAUUUGUACCUUUUGUAAAAGUUCCAAUAAAUUAUUGCAUAAGUUGACCAAAAGACAUGUGAGCCUUUUAUAAUAAUAAUUAAAUGCACUUAGAUAGGGCUAUUUGGUCUUUUUUUAGCAAUAUUUCUGUAGUAGAAUUGUUACACUUAACAUACUGUGCAAUGUGUCUCUGUUAAACUGAAGAACUGCAGUAACCCUGUGCUGUCCAGCCCCUUUAUGAUGACAUCACAGCCUCAGCAGGUGUAGGAUUCCACUCCUCCCACUGCAUUGUCCUGACAUCACCCUAUCUCCUAGCAACUCCCUUGCAUUCAUUCUGAUAGGCUGGUUCUACACACCUCCGCUCACCGAUUGGUGAAUUUCUUUCCACUGGUAACGGUCAAAAUUUCAUGCACUGUGUCUCUCACGUGUCUCCAGAGCUCCACAGCGCCGCCAACAGACACACGGUACAACACAGUCUGUGUGCAGCCUUCAUGUGCUGGUCCUUUUGCAUCUAACCAACAGCAGAUCAAUACAAUGCAUAGCAGAUGAAAAUCAAUAUGAACUGAUCAAUAUGAACUGAAUUUAUAGUGUACAUAUUUGAUUGCUCUAUUUAGACUGGAUCCUUUGACAUAAAAAGCCAAAUGGUGCAUUAUUAUGACACUUCUGUUUUACGCAACAAAUAAAGCACACUGAUU